AUGACACCUGUCGACGGGAUUGUUCCGGGUGUUCCAGUUAGAAAACGUGGUCGCCCUCCAAAAGUGGGAUCAACUCCUGGUAAGAAACGUGGACGUCCUCCAAAAAGUCCUGUGAAAAAUAUUCAAAGUACGAAUGCUGAGAAAAGAGAUGAAAUCCGCAAUGGGAGUUUGAAAGGGAGUCAUUCGCCAAACAAUGAUUAUUCUGAACCUUUUAGCGUUCAAAAAGUGAACUACAGCGACACUGGAGCCGUUGUCAGUGAGAAGCGCCGUCGCGGAAGACCGAAAAAGGCUGAAAGACCCAAUCUGAUUGGCAAAUGGAGUGAUGGUAUUGCACCUUCGACUGGUCGCUACACACUUCCCCUGCCAGUACCGGAUAGUUGGCCGAUUGUGUUCAACAUGGAGGAAAUAAUGAAAGAAUUAUCGGAGAUGUAUGCGAAUGUGAAGGAGCAGAAACGUGGAGAAUUCCACAAUCAGAUAAAGGCGUUUGUAUUCGCCCUACAUUGGUUUUCGUUGGUCCCUGCUGGAGGAGUUGAGGAGUUGAAAACUUGA